AUGGCAGCAGAUGGGAAUUUCCAGACGGGCAUUUCAGCAUUAGUUCGUAGUCCUGCCGCUGGCACACGAGUUGCUGCUCAGGCGUGUAGGUUCCUGGGAACUGGUCCUUUUCCCGAGUUAGUGUGGGCUCUUGAGGAAGCUGGAGAGAAGCUAAUCGGUUUUCCUUUCUUUUUAAACAGCAUCCAGCAUGUGUACGGCGCCCAGCACCCCCCCUUCGACCCACUGUUACACGGCACCUUGCUCAAGGCCGCGCCCAAGGCGCCCGCCACACCCGUGAAGGCCAAGAGCAUCAGCACCUUCCCGGAGUUUGAGAGCAACACCAGCGACGCCUGGGAUGCCGGCGAGGACGAUGACGGGCUCCUGGCCGUGGCAGCCGAGAGCCUGAACACCGACGUGGUCAUGGAGACGGCCCACCGCGUCCUGCGCAACCACAGCCAGCGGCAGGAGCGCCGCAAGCCGCAGGAGGCGCCGGGCCCCGAGCAGGAGCCACAGCCUUCGGCAGAGCCUCCUUCGGUCCUGAGCGGUGCUCGGCUGGUGAAGUCUGUCAGCGAGAGCCACACAUCCUGUCCUGCAGACAGCGCCGGCGACACUGCUCCUCUGCAGCGGUCCCAGUCUCUCCCGCACUCGGUGGCGGCCGCCGUGGGUGGCACGUCUGACCCCAGCGCCCUCAGCAGCUCAGCGUUAAGUGAACGAGAGGCCUCCCGGCUCGACAAGUUCAAGCAGCUCCUUGCCGGCCCGAACACAGACCUCGAGGAAUUAAGGAAGUUGAGCUGGUCUGGAAUCCCUAAGCCGGUUCGUCCAAUGACCUGGAAGCUGCUCUCAGGUUACCUUCCUGCCAAUGUGGACCGAAGACCAGCCACUCUCCAGAGAAAACAGAAAGAAUAUUUUGCUUUUAUUGAGCACUAUUACAACUCUCGGAAUGAUGAUGUUCACCAGGACACCUACAGGCAGAUCCAUAUAGACAUCCCUCGAAUGAGUCCAGAAGCAUUAAUACUUCAACCCAAAGUGACAGAGAUUUUUGAAAGGAUAUUGUUUAUAUGGGCGAUACGUCACCCUGCCAGUGGAUAUGUUCAGGGGAUUAAUGACCUUGUCACUCCUUUCUUUGUAGUCUUCAUGUGCGAACACAUAGGAGCAGGAUCUGUGGACUCCAGGGGUGAUGUGAGAAACCUCAGAAGCCUCCCU